CGCUUCGCCAUACCGAUAGCGGGUGCAAAAGUGGCAAGCUAUGCCAAAUACCCCAGUAGACCUAGUACCAGUUUACAUAGUACCGGCUAAAUAGCUAUUCAUUCCGGAAUAACGUCGGAAAGACGGAAAUUAAACCUCCAAGUAUCUCUGAUUUGAAAGAACAUAAAAACCCUAACAAGAAAAUCUUCCACCUCUCUGUUUCACUGUUUAAGCAGUGUAAAACAGACAGAGAGAUUGAAAUGAAGAAAAAGGAGUUUAGGUAAGUUCUACUAUGAACCAAAUUGGUUCCAAUUUUGAACAUUUAUGUUUUUUCUUUAUAAUGUUUUCAACUAUUUGUUGUAACAUGUAUCAUUCACUUUAGGGUUGAUUAUUGAGAAUGGUUUGUAGAUUCUCAACUCGUUUAUUGAAUAUAUCAAUCGCAUCGUUUUGUAAAACUCAAGAAUUAAAUAAAGCUGAAAAGGCUUUAAUUGAUGCUAGAAAACUUGGGUAUUCUCCUGAUAUAGUUACUUACAAUACCCUAAUUUCUGCUUAUUGUCGUUUACUUGGAUUCGAUGCUGCGUACAAUUUUUUCUAUGAAAUCAGUGAUGCAUUGAGACAAGAUAGAGUAACCCCAGAUGUUGUUACUUUUAAUUCUUUAAUUGCUGGUGCUACUAGAGAUCGUCUUUUAUUAGUAUCUUUAUUUUUGUUUGCAAAAAUGUUGAGAACGGGUAUUUUACCUGAUAUAUGGACUUGUAAUACUUUGAUGAAUUGUUAUUUUAAAACUGGACAACCCCAAGAAGCGAUCAGAGUUCACAAGAAUUUCCUUUUGGAUGGGUUAUCCCCUUGUGCAGCGACAAUUAACACUAUGAUUAACGGUUUUUGUGAGAAUGGGUAUGUUUCAAAUGCACUUAGAAUGUUUUGGAAUUAUCCGAGGCGUGGGGUUUCUCUUCCGAUUAUAACUUAUAAUAUACUUAUAAACGGGCUUUGUAAGUCGGGCAGAUUAUAUGAAGCUAGAAACAUGCUCAAGGAGCUGGAGAAAUCAGGUCACAAACCGAAUGUCAUUACAUAUACGACUGUAAUGAAAUGUUGCUUUAGAUCCGGAAAGAUUGAUCAGGGGUUUAAAAUAUUUAGGGACAUGAAGCGUGAUGGCUACACUUUCGAUUCAUAUGCGUAUUGCACUGUAAUUAGUGCUUUUAUUAAAGUGGGUAUGAAGAAAGAGGCUAAUGAUUGUACUGGACAAAUGAUCAAGAGCGGGAUUCGGCUUGAUAUGGUUUCUUAUAAUACAAUUGCUAAUUUGUAUUGCAAACAAGGCAAGUGCUUAGAUGCAAUGUCAUUGAUCUCAGAGAAAGGCUCAGAAAGUGAUGAAUACACCAGUGCGAUUCUUAUUGACGGACUGUGUAAGACAGGGUAUGUUGAUAAGGCAGUCGAGCAGUUGAAGCAAAUGAAGGCGGACGGACAGAAAACAAACUCGGUGGCGUACAAUUGUUUAAUUGACAGGUUCUGCAAGGAGGGUAGGUUGGAGUCCGCAUGGAAGGUGUUUAAUGAGAUGGAGGUAAAGGACUCUGUUACCUACACCUCAUUGAUUCAUGGUCUUUGCAAGAACCAAAAUUUCAGUUUAGCAUCCAAACUCAUUUUGUAUUGCAUAAAUGAUGGAGUUGGAGUCCCCAGAUCUGCAAAUCGAGCUGUUCUUAGGGGCCUUCGUGCUUCAGGAGCCAAAAGAGAAGAAAAGGAUCUAAAAUCAAAAAUUCGGAUGGCAAGAUACUUACGACACUAAGGGUUUUUAGACUACAACAACGUCUUCACUGUCAGUCUGUGCUUGGGUCUUAGUCGGCAAACAUGCUGAGUUGCGACAUGGUGGGUAAGCAUGAAGAAAAGUUCUCAUACUACAUGGGUUUCAGACGGAAAAUUUUGAGACUGAAUAUGUAGGGAAGACUGUGUUUGUGCUGCAGCUUUGAAUUCAAACUGAAAGACUCAGCAAGAAUUACUUUACCAUAUAGAGUGAAGCCAAGCCCUGGUUUAAGCUGUAAUGUAGCAGGUAACCAUUAUGCUGGUUGCGUCUUCCAUUAUCUUAAGACCACUGGGGACUGGAUCUUAUACUCUCUAGUUUCAGCAAGGCUAAUCAUAGAAAUGUUAUGUUUUCUAAUGGUGUCUUUACUCUUUCCUAUCCUGCUUUAGAGGGUUAUCAGCCUUCUAAAGAACUGUCCUUGCUGAAAUGAUAUCACUCUUUGUAGAAGGAAAUGCAUUGAUAAUCAGGAUUAUAGAUGGUGGAGACAAAUAUUAGAAAAGCACCAAGAUUGGAGUUCAAGCAGAACUGCAGAAGUGUUGCAUAGAUGUACCGAACAAACCUUAAAUUCUGAAGGUCUUAGAAGCCUCCAACGUCUACCACAGAGUGGCUAGCAGAUAAUUACAGACUGAUCUUUGGACCUGCUACUUGAUCUUCUCACCUUUGCGUUUGGUUGUCCUCGAGGUUGCAGGGACUAGUCGUUACCAAUAUUAUGAACCUUUCGCUAUCAACAGCAGCACAUAAAUCAAUUCCUACACGGCUCUCUUUCUCAGGAUCCGAAGCAGAUAUUUUUGGCAUCUUCUCAUAAUUAGACCUAUCGGAACUGAGUGUAAAGAACUGCAUUCCAAUCAAUUUGCCGUGAAACCCUUUAUGAUAGGCUUUACGUCCAAGCUAAAAGAGGAUAUAGACAUUAACUGCCGUUUGCAUGCAAUACCUGGACUGCGAGCUGUUUGAGCAAAUAUUAGAGAAACACCAAGAUUGGAUUUUGUUUACAAGCUUUGCUAGAACUAUACGAAUACCGACGAAUCUACCGAACUUCAGACCGUGUGGGUCCUCAAAACCUCCCGCAUCCACCACAGAAUCAUCAGUUAUCAUACAGUACUAUCACUGCUGCACCUAAUUCCUGAACAUGACAUUUCUCCGAGCACACAAUCAAUUGUCAAACCGACGAAGUUUUGUAUUACAGUUAACGAGAGGUGCGUCUGUAUAAAUACCUGGUUUCCAGUUGGGAGCAGACUUCAUCAGAGAAGCAAGCUAGGCAGCUCAAAUUUUCCCUUCCCAAUCAUCAUCAAAGAGUGUACCUACGGCAUGCCUAGUUUGCGUACGAAGAACUUGAAAAGUACCAGACAUAGCAAGUAAAAACCUUCUCCCAAGAACACACAAAGAUAUUCUGACAGGAUAAAGACCCUCAACUCUCAACAUGGGAAGGGCUAAAAAGAAGUAUUCUUGUUAGAUGAGAAAACAGUAAAUCAUUACUGAUGAGCAACACAGUUGAGGUCGACUUGGAUUAAUUUGAUCUCCAAUAUUGGUACUGGAGUUUGGUAACUUGUAAGGUGUUCAAAGAUAAAUGGAAGUAGAAAGAGAAAUCCAAAGUCCUAUCUAUUCGAAAAACUUAAUAAUGCAUAACUGCUUUAUUAAGAAAAAUUCAUGUAAACAGGGUUGGAAGUUGUUAGAAGUCACGGGGUUCAAGUCAAGUUGGUUUCUUUAUUCUGCACAAAAAUGUCCUCAACUGAACAUGCAAUGAAGAGUAUCUAAAAUAUCACACUGAAAGACGGGGUAUUAUUUUAAAAUUGGUCGAGUUUCUACUCA